UCCAGUACUUUGUGCUUGGAGUGUCAUCAGGGAAGGGCCCCUGCCUUCGAAGGCUGCUGCGUCUCGCUCUGUGAUAGGAGGCACAACGUGGCCUUGGUCUUACGAAGACCUUGGGUGCCACAGCUCACUUCAGCCCUGAUCAGCCUGAUGCAGGUGCUGGGCCCUGGUUCUGGAGGUGAGAAUACACCCUGGGCUUCCACUGCCUGGCUGCACUGUGAGCAUUCGGGUGCUUAUUUGGGGACUGAUACGGAGUCCUGUGCCAGAUGCAGUGGUGCACACCUGGGAACCAAGGGUCCCUGCUUCUACUGGAGAAUCUGGACAGAUGUAAAAGUCAAAUUACAUCUAGCAGAAACUCACAUGUGUGAAGAUAUGGAAGAUUCCAAUUCACGGAGGUUCCUCGUCAUAUUCUGUGCCAGACACUGGAGGCGGGUACGGUGGCACUUCAUGCUCCUCACCUUCCUGUCUCACUACUUUUCCAGUGACUGCCGACUGCUGGCCCUUUACUCUGAAGGGGGUGAGAGGACCACUGCCCCUGGCACUGGAGAGGGGAUGCUCCUCACAGCACAAGAAGUGCCAGGAAGGCAGCCGUCACAUGCCGGAACCUUGGCACACCAACCACAUCUGGGGAACUGCAUGUGGCUAGGGCCUAGCCCAUUAGGAAUGCUACUGUUCUGGGAACAUCUCCCCGGUAUCUUCAUUUUGUUUUUCCAUUGGCUAGUCCAGCUUAACCCCUCAGAUGAUUCUAGAUCUCCCCUGAAAAUACCUAGGUGAGAGUUAUCCAGGCAAAUUCCCUUUUCCUCCUUUAAAACCAUAAAGGCCAUAUGGUGUGUGUGUGUGUGUGUGUGUGUUACAGAGAGGCCCAAUCUGCAAAAGCACAGCUUGGCCUUCAGGAAAUAGAUGGGAAAAGGGAAAAGGGCGGCUUUAUUAUUUCCUUGUGCCUUCAAAGUACACACAAAGAAAAUAUCAGUUAGUACUUUCUCUAGUAAUUCCAUCUGUAACAUUGAGCAUUUAAAAGUUGUUAUAAUACAUUUAAAUACCAUGCCCAUACAAGCGCAUUAUAAAAUGUAGCAUUAAUGAAACAAGUAAAUGUCCCAACUUAACCUGUCUUCUUGUAAGCCAUGAAAUAAAUUUCUCCCACUAUCUGUACAAAUAUGUUUACCAUUUGUGCAAAUAUACCACAGAAUAGAGAUAGUAGACAGUUUUUAUUUUGACAACACUCCACUCGUAAAAUUACACACAAAAAUUCUGCUAUAACCUAUGUGCACUGGCAGAUGCAAUUAAAUGUAAGCCAAGGCCCAUUUGUUCAUGCAUGUGUUUUUAUGAUUUUGUCUGUUCCUUUUUUGACUUACAUAUUUAUAAUACAGAAUGUGAGAAGAGUUAGCUCUUUGUAGUUAUUUAGCUGUAAGACAUAGAAAACUGUUCUAGAACCUUUAAAAAGCAGUUGCAGGAAUUUUUUUAAAGUCCCUGAAAUUACAAGUCAAGAUAUUAUUUUAAAUUAUUAUUCUUUGCAACUGCUUUUCUGUAUACGUCAAGAUUUAUCAAUAACAUAUAAACAAAGUAGGAAAGUAUGGUUACCAUAUUGUAUAAUGGCACCUCAUGUUGCUUAUUUCUUUUAUAAUUAAGUCAUAAAUUGAACUCACAAAAAUAUUU